UCACCGGGCACACAUCCACCACAAUGGCAUUCCAGCCAGGAGCAGGGUCAGGGGGACAGCCGAGUGAACCCCGUGGGAAUCAGGACAAAGACAUGAAGGUUUUGUUCGACACAUUCAUUCCGAAAGAGGAAGGUGGUUCCACUAUUAUGGACCUCCCCACGCCGUUCAUCUUCACCCUGCGUGACGUCAAGCAGAAGGUCGUCCGCUUGCAGAGCAACAAUCUUGUGGCCGAGACCUCCAACUCGGACCCCGAGAAACUCAGCGUGGUGCCCAACCGGUUUGUACAGGGCAAACAGUAUCCCAUCAUCCUGGGCGUCCAGGGAGGAAGUAGCUGCCUGUCAUGUGGAACAUCGGCCCAACCCAACCUGCAGCUGGAGAAUAAGCAAAUCAUGGAAUUAUUUGAAGACAAGGAGCAAGCCGCUCGCUUCACUUUCCACAACAUUCCUGAAGGCAGCACCCACCGCUUCGAGUCAGCCGCCUACCCAGGCUGGUUUCUCUGCACCUCCCAGAAGAACAGCGAGCCCAUCCGCAUCACCAACCGCAUGGGCGAGACAGAGAUCACUGAGUUCUAUUUUAAUAGGAUUCUGACCUAAUAGCUGCCUGCGAUGGGAAGACACUCGAAGUAUGCGAUGGAUGACGAAGGCCGCAGAGGUUCCCCCCUUCACCCCAAACGAUAUUGCUUCCUUCUUUUUAGUCCUAGAAAUUAAAGUAGUGUCUACUCUCCUUUUUCUGGGAGACUCUCUGGUGACUCCAGAACUCGUGGCAUUAUGACAUCACCGGCACCAAGGAAGCAAAUCCUGAGCAGUUGAGAGGGGAUGGGAUAUUUAGCCAGGCUGGUUUUUAUGGUCUUGUUUUUUAUUAACCUCCAGUUAACACAAACACUCAACACAUAGUUGGGAGCAAAGCGUUUGCUGUUAAAGAUCCAGCCAAAGGUCAAAGCCAGCCCCUGCUACAAACUCAGAGCAGAGGAGGGCAGGGUGAGCCCCUGCUCUCAGAAUCUCUGUGCCAGCAUCACUAGGUACCCAUCCCAAAAGGAGCUCCAGCCCCUGCAUCGGGGCCAACCAUGAAGGGUCCUGUGACCCAGUCACAUUGGUUCAUGUAGGAUUGGGCAUUGCA